GUGUGGGGGGUGUUUCAUGUGUCAAGCUCAUUUUCUGCCUCAGAUUCAGAAACAGGAACACAAAGGAGUCGCUGCUUUGCUGCUGUUUCAUCGAUCCAUUCAUCCUUCCAGUGAACAGUGAGGAUGGACCUGCUGCAGGACCACUGGAGCUUUGUUCAGCUCCUCUCAGUGAUACUGCUGAUGUCAUCGUGGUGCGUUCAGGGUCUCCGUGUCAACGUGUUUCCCAGGAAGCCUCUAUUUAAGCUCGGCACGCUCCAGCAGGUGGUCUGCCAGGUUCAGGAGUGUUCAGCAGUACCUGACAUUUCCUGGUUUACCGUAAACGACCGUCCUCUGUUGGCGUCCACCGCCACCAACAGGACCCACUCUGUUCUGACCUUCAACUCUGUGACAAUACAAGACGAGGGACAGAUGGCAUGUAAAGUCAUGUGUGCAGGACAACUGGCAGAGAUCCGGACCUCUGUCUCAGUUUACUCCUUUCCUUCAGACCCUGUAAUCACAGGUCAUGACCACCUGAGAGAUAACGUGGUGACGUCCCUCACCUGCCAGGUCCCACACCUCUACUCUGCUGAAGAUGUUGAUUUCACCUGGCUUAAAGGAAACACAGUUCUGAAUAGCACUAACACACAGUCAGGGUCUAGCUCAGUGACUUACACGCCUCAGAAAAAGGACUCUGGGGGGAACAUCACCUGCCGGGUGACGCUCAAGCUUCAAGGUCUGCCAUCUGAGAAGAGGACGAGAGAGACCACAGUCCAUAUAAACGUCCUCUAUGCUCCGGUCUUCAGGAAUGUAUCUGGCCCCAUGGAAGUGAUGGCGGGCUCUCCGCUGACUCUCAGCUGUUCUGCAGAGGGAAACCCGGAGCCAACCAUCACCUGGACAGUAGGUGGUAGGUUUCUGCAUUCUGCUCCUGAUGGUCUGUUUGUCCUGUCGGCUGUCGAACUUUCUGAUGCUGGACGAUACGAGUGUAAAGCCAUAAACUCAGAGGGAAACCAAACUGCAGCUGUAGACGUCAGUGUUCUUGCUCCGCCUACCAUGACCUUCCUGUUGGUGGAUCCAGGUGAGGAGGUGGUGGAAGGUCAGCAGGUGAAUUUUACUUGUGGCUCCGAGGGAGCUCCACCUCCUACACUGGUUCUGAAGAGGAAGGGGGAGGAGCUUCACAGGAAUGAGUCCGCCUCCGUAUGCAUGUUCAGCCUCCCUUUUGCUGUACUUGAGGACUCUGCCCUCUAUGAGUGUGAAGCCUCCAAUCAGUAUGGCUCCCAGCAUACCUCCAGGUUCAUCACUGUCAGAGCCCACCCUCUACAGGUGGAGGCCAGCCCUCAGGUCUCAGCGGAGCGGGGCUCAGCGCUUACGCUGACUUGUAGGGCCUCAGGGUGCCUGCACCCCCCCACUCUCAGCUGGAGGAGGACAGACCGGAACCGAACCCUCCUCCAGAAGAAGAAGCAGCGGGAUGGGCGGUCUCAGCUUCACCUGUGGAACCUGGACCUUCAGCAUCAGGGAGGGUACAGCUGCGAGGCCGAGUGUGACUCCGUCAUUAGGACCAGGGAGAUCCACGUCCAGGUGUACUCAUUCCCCUCUGAUCCUGUUCUGGAGGAUCCCGGUCCCGUUCUGCUUGGCCAGGAAACUGAAUAUCACUGCAAUGUCUUCAACAUUUUCUCAGCCAAUCAGCUGAGGUUCUCCUGGCUUUCAGGAAAUGAAACCCUAAUGAUGGAGAUGUACAAGUCCUCUGGUUCCCUGCAGAACAUCUCAUCAGUCUUAAAGCACCAGUUUGAGAAGGUGCAGCAGGUCCUGACCUGUAGGGUGGAGCUGCUGACAGAGGACAGAGACAUUUGGAAAUCCAGAAGGACAAGCAUCCCUCUGCAGAUCCACUAUCCUCCCAGGUUGCCCUCCCUGUCCAUCAGUCCAGGUGAUGAGGUGCUAGAGGGUCAGCAGGUGACGUUUACCUGCCGUUCAGAUGGAGUUCCACCACCCGCAGUAGUGUUGAGGAGAAAUGGGGAGGAACUUCUGAGGAGUGACUCUGAUUCCUCCUCCUCUAUCACUCUCAGCAUCUCCUCCGCCCUUCUAGAAGAGUCGGGCCUCUACCAGUGUGAGGCCUCGAACCAGUACGGCUCCCAGUUUGUCUCCAGCUCUGUCACAGUCAAAGCUCCCCCGAGGAACACCACCGUCCUCAUCCUUCCCUCUGCAGAAGUCAAGGAGGGACAAAAUGUGACUGUCUGCUGCCAGACAAUCAGCUUCCCACCAUCAGCUGUGAUCCUGAGGAAGCUAAACAACGGAACAGAGCUGUAUUCAACCAAUGGCACCUUCCUAUUGGUCAACGUCACAUCCAGAGACUCUGGGUUGUAUCAGGUUAACGUGAGCAACGAUCUUGGUUCUGAGAUCAAAGUCUUCAGCAUCAGAGUCAGAGAGGUCAGAACCGGAGUUCCUCCAGGUUUCAGUAUCAUCCUCAUUUCAGCCGCCUGCAUUGCUGCCGGGCUCACGGCUUUUGCUUUGGUCCUCGACUACAUGAGGAGAUCCAGGAAGAAAGGUUUUUAUCAGCUGGCCCAGUCCGCCCCGCCUUCAGCAUGAAGCCAACACACUCGUUUCUGAGGCCCCUAAGCUCCAAAAUAUGUCUUUCCUUCAGUGCUGAUGUGAUUUUGUCACAUCAGAACAUUUUGCUCCUGAAUGUCAAAGGGUGGCAAUCAUGUCCUUGAGACGGGAUACCUGACUUCAGGAAGAUGGCUUUUAAAGUAGGGCUUUAAUGCACUGAAAUGUGGCUUUAGUGUUGCUGUAAGAGGUUCACUGCACAGGGAAAGUCUUGAAGUAAUGUUAAAUCUUUCCCCAAAUCUGAUGCUUUCAGUUUAAAAACACAGCUUUUUUUUUUUUUAUAAUGGCUAACGUGGAUCAGGUGGCCAGAGUACCACUACAUGUCCCAGCCCCCUCUGGUUGUGGUGCUCCUUAGAUUCAAGCUCUGACUCUAGCAUUCACAACAAGAUUUAAAAUAUCUCUUUUCCCAGCAUACAGUGCUGUAACACCACAAUUGUUUUGUAAAAUCUAUGAAACUUUUAGAAAUAAUCUAACCAGUAAACAUCAUUAAAUAGUUUUAGGGAAAAAUGAACCAAAGUAUUUUUGGGGAAAACCCAAAAGUGACUAAAGGAAAACAAUUCAGGGGCCAGGAAUUUUUCCAGCAUGAAACACAAGUCGUUAGGUUAUUGGAAAUCCUGUAACCCCAGUUGUUGCUGCCAAGAGUGACAGAAACAGUUUUUAGGUUUAGGGUCCGUUUCAGGUUGCCUUGGAUCCACCGCUUCCUACAUUAAAUUGUCCUUAAAAAAAACAGCCUUUUCUAUUUACUCUUGUUGAUGAUUUUAAAUGAAUAUGUAAGGAAUCUUUAUUGGUGUAAAUAGUUUUCACAGCACUGUAUGAGGUCAUCUGUAUGAGUGCGCAUAUUAAAUAAUGUUUCUGUCUUUCUAGAAACAUGACUUCUACCUCACCCUCCUUAAAUCACUGUUAUGAGCCCAAUGUUUUGCUGAUGAGUUCCAAAAACGCAGCUAUAAUCACAGAAAUGUAAAUACUGCACAUCAGCACAUUAUAAUGCUUUGUUUUUCUAACUUUUGCACAUAUCUAAAGGCAGCUGUAACGUCCCUACGCCCUGGCACCAGCCUAGUGCUGCAGGAACAUCUCCCCUCUGCAUUUAAAAACCCACCUGAUGCUUCAGGUUUCAGCCUGCAGAUCAAAACUAAAAGCACAAGCUUGAUUAAACCUAAAAGGUUUUUCUUUUUUCUUUCUCAUGAAGAAACAUGUGUUUAUACUUAUCUUCUGUUAGUUUGGUACAGAUGCUGCAAAGUAGUUUUGUUACAAAUUCUUUUGAUUUAUAAGUUCUGUACAGGUCCUUUCUCAUUGUUUCUAAUAAAAAUAUUUAU